UACUAAUGAGGAGGUAAAGUUAAAUUAUGGCCAUAGUUGAAAAUUUAAAUGAUCACAUGAAAGCUUAAUCUCACAUUCUGAAUUUUUGCUCACUAAAAACUUUAGAGAGGGGGAAAGACUGCAGCAGAGGUACCUGGAGAUGCACUCAAGCGCAUAUACCAUUACGCAGUGCGUGACAUGAAAAAUAGUACAACUAUAACUGUUGAUAUGGAGGAAGAAAUCCUAGGUGUUGCCCAGCCUAUGUACAUCUUGCGAGAAGAUGUUAUACAAUUCAAGAAAAUGGAGCCUAUAUCGGCCACAUGCAUAAAUGUUUACAUGAGGCACCUAUCUGAUGAACUGAAGAAAUCAAACACAGAUGGUAUCUUUCGCUUUUGUGACGCGUCAAGCAUCUCGGUUGGGACACCUGAGGAGAAAGCACAAGUUCUGGCAACCCGAUUACAGCAACUGUCAACCAGGCAAAUACUUUUGGUACCUUACAACAGUGGAUCCCACUGGACACUGACCAUCAUCAAUGAAGAGAAGAACAUAUGCUACUACAUGGAUCCACUUCAUUCAGAAACAUAUCCAGUAGGGUGGAAAUCUGUUGUCAACAAUGGGAUUAAAAAGUACAAUGAAAAAAGGGGCGGAGGACACCAGAAAAUACCUCAAUGGAAAACACUAAAGGGUCCUAAACAACCGUCCAAUGUGGAGUGUGGAUAUUAUGUGAUGAGAUACAUGAAAGAGAUCGUAGAAGAUAAAGGCAUUUUCUUUUCCAAAAAGUGGGGUCCAAAGAAAAGCUCGAGUGCCUACAUGGAGAGAGCAGUUGAUGAGGUGUGCUUGGAGUGGGCUUCACUUGUUUAUAGAAGUUUGCCAAAGUCAGGCCGCUGAAAAUGAAAUUUGAAAUUUCAACCAAAUUAUUCUGCAGUGGAUAACGUACGUACGUCACCAAAUUAUUAUGUUGCUUCUUCCAAGCUUCUGAAUCUGGCUUGAUGCUGUUCUGAAAAGUUGGUGCAAUAUUUGUUCGCGGUGGCGCGUGUCCUUCUCUUGGGCGGAUUGGGGUUCGUGUGGUCUAGACUCGCCUGGUUUGAGUCCUUGGUGUCAUGUAUUUUCAUUAUUAUUGUGUUUAAUUAUGUUCGUCUACUUGUUGCCUUGGUUUGGUUUUCCGCAAUAUUAUUUUUCUGUUAGAAAUAUUGGAAAUAAUUAAAUUGCAUUAUGAC